CCCCCAACUUGGAUUCCGGAGGCGGAACGUGUUUUUUCGUUGAAAGAUUUGGAAUCUUACUCUUAGCAUCUAAUUUGAUGGAAGUGCCGACAAGCGAUCCAAACAUGCCUCGCUUAGCUGAGAUUGUGAGACUGCGGCUAGAGGAUGUGGAUGGAGAAGCGAUGCCUGCAUAAAAGCGAGCUUUGAAACCAGUAACUUCCUAUUUCAGAACAACCCCACUACAAAACAGACUAAAGAUAGACUAUGACCCUUGCCCGUCCGACCCACGGGUCUUUUCUGGCUAAAUUUUGUAUUCUUUUUUGCAUGCUGCUUCC